AGCUGAACUUGCUAAACUGUCUAAAGUUGUAGUUGACAAAGGGGUAUAUUUUUUGUUUUUGUGUAAAAUUAUUAAGGAAAAAAUCGGAAAUUGCGUUAUAAUUCUGGAAAUUAAACGCACUGAAAAAUAAGUUGAUAUCGAAAAAUACGCGUAUAAACGAGAAAGAAAUGUAAAGAAAGUUAAUUCCAAAAAAUAGAGCAAGAGAAAAAGUUGUGUUGUACUAUAUUAGUUAUAUUACAAAAUAAAUCAAUUAUUCGUUAAGGAAAAACUUUAAAGAAAUACAAGUAAAUAAUGCAAUAAUUAAGCAAUGAGUGAAGAAACCAAGAAAAUUUAUUCAUACUAAAAAAAUUGUGAAAGUGCAGUGCAACGUGAUAAACGGGAAGAAAAAUUCCCAGUUUUAAAAGUAAUAGUUCAUCUCCUCCCGCAUUACAAGCAAGCAACCCCACUCAUAGUCGCAUUAGGAUUGGAGAAAACAAUCAAACAUGCAGGUUUUAAAGCAGCAGCAGCCAUUUAGUCAUUUGCAUUUCUUUAUAAAAAUUUUCAUAUACUGCGUCAUUUGGUGGAGUGGCAAUGGUGUCGCGAAUGCAAGCUACGUGGAAAUUCAGAGUUCCAAAUCGGCAUUAGUGGGAUCCACAGUCAACUUUACAGCCACGCUAUACGAUGACAAGGGUAAAAUUGCACCAGCAGAUGAUUACAGCUUUUCGUGGUGGGAUGAUGCCUAUCCCCAGCAUAAGGGUCAAUUUCAAACAAAACUCCCCACGAAUACAUGGUCCAUUGAAUAUCCUAAGAAUAAGACAAGAUAUGGAAAAUAUAAUGUGACCGUUGAGGUGGAAAAGAAAAUGUGGAUCUGGUAUACGGUGGCCAGAGCAACGUCGUCCAUAGAAGUAACCGAUACACUGGGCGGUCAACUCCAACUGAUACAAGAUGGUAACACACGACCGACCCAAUAUGUUUCGACAAAGGGUUUGGUCAAUCACACGAUUGACUUGCCCGCCGAAGAGGAAAGGUAUCUAAUGAAAAAUGCAACAUAUAUACAAACAUAUUGGUUUCAAAACUGUACAUAUCUUGGCGUGUCCGAUGGCCUGAGUUAUCAGGCCGAAUAUAAGGAUGCUGAGCAGGUCUAUGACAUUGAAGCUUUGGUAGUUGUUUCGUUUGAGAAAUUACCAGAUCCAGUUACGACUACUACAACCACCACUACCACGACUACUACGACCACUACCACAACAACAACAAGUACGACAACAACUACCACAACAACACCGAAACCAACCACAACAACUCCCACUACGACGACCAGCAGUACAACCACCACGCCAUCGCCAAAACCUGCAAGUAAAACGAAACGUGAGGUAUCCGCUGCAGAAGCUUCAAAAGAAAUUGCUCAAAUGGCUCAUGCAAAUGCUGCAUUGCUGGGUUUAAAUCUCACAGCAGCAUUGCAGCAAGAGAAUAAAAAUCACAAUCCCUUAAAUGUUUCGGCUGCUUUGAUAAAUCCCAAAUUGAUGUCAAGCUCAAAUGCAAAAGUCCAAUAUUACAAUCUUUUACCCAAAUCGUAUGCUGAUGAACCACCAUUUAAUUGUGUCAAUAAAUCCAUUAUAUCCCGGGAUCCAAUGAAGGUGUAUGGCUAUUAUCGUAGACAAAUUGUUACCAAGUCUCCCAUUAGCAACUUCUCUGUCAGUGGCACAAAUUGGUUACAGCAUGGUGAUCUCUUUAAUUUGGAAAUAACAUGUAAAGGAUCUCCAAAAAUUCAAUACUGUGUGUUAGUUUAUGAUGCCCCCUAUAACUCCACCGGCAAUGAAACAUGUAAAUAUUACUAUGACACUGACAAUUGUGGAUUUAAAUUCUAUCGCUAUUAUGGCGAAAGUAAAACGCUUCUAUUCUUUAUAAAGAAUGAUGUUUCGGAAACUGUAAAUCAAGUUACAAUUAAUAUUUAUGAAGCCAAAAAACAAUCUCAACUGUCUGUGGUCGUUGUACCUGUAUCCUUUACAUUAGUGGCAAUAAUUCUGGUAGUAUUUGGCGUUUCAUAUUAUCUACAAAGUCGAAACCGCUUCAAUGUUGAAGUAGCCGAUUUCAAUUUCGGUGAAACACAGUCGGUCGACAUGGAAUACAAGACAUUCCAGCAACGUUUGUUCGAUAGCAUACGUGAUGUCUUGCCAUCACGUCGACGCUUCUCCAAUUCCAGUUCAGAUUUGGGACCAGAACCUGAUAGUCCUGGUGUUGGCAUCGAUAGUAGUUUGCGAUAUAAUACAAUGAAUUAAAAGCAUAGCAAAUAAAGAAAAAAAAAAGGAAAAUCGCAACGUAACAA